AUGAGUCCUUCAGAUGCACUUGAUGAUGAAAAUACAUUUAAAAUCUUAGUGGCGACGGAUAUUCACCUUGGAUUUAUGGAGAAAGAUGCAGUCAGAGGAAAUGAUACAUUUGUAACAUUUGAUGAAAUUUUAAGACUUGCACAGGAAAAUGAAGUGGAUUUCAUUUUAUUAGGCGGUGAUCUUUUUCAUGAUAAUAAGCCAUCAAGGAAGACGUUACACACCUGCCUGGAGUUAUUAAGAAAAUAUUGCAUGGGUGAUCGUCCUGUGCAGUUUGAAAUAAUCAGCGAUCAAUCAGUCAACUUUGGUUUUAGUAAGAGUAAACAUGGAAACACAAACUACAUUCCAGAACAAUUUUUGGAUGACUUUAUUGAUCUUGUUAUUUGGGGCCAUGAACAUGAGUGUAAAAUAGCUCCAACCAAAAAUGAACAGCAGCUCUUUUAUGUGUCCCAGCCUGGAAGUUCUGUCAUUACUUCUCUUUCCCCAGGAGAAGCUGUGAAAAAACAUGUUGGUUUACUGCGUAUUAAGGGGAAGAAGAUGAAUAUGCAGAAAAUUCCUCUUCACACAGUACGGCAGUUUUUUAUGGAAGAUGUUGUUCUGGCUAAUCAUCCAGAUCUUUUUAACCCAGAUAAUCCUAAAGUAAUUCAAACCAUACAGAGCUUCUGUUUGGAGAAGAUUGAAGAGAUGCUUGAAAAUGCUGAACGGGAACGUCUGGGAAAUUCUCGACAGCCAGAGAAGCCUCUUAUCCGACUACGAGUGGACUACAGUGGAGGCUUUGAGCCUUUCAAUGUACUUCGCUUUAGCCAGAAGUUUGUAGAGCGGGUAGCCAAUCCAAAAGAUGUCAUCUAUUUUUUCAGGCACAGAGAACAAAAGGAAAAAACAGGAGAAGAGAUCAACUUUGGGAAACUUGUCACAAAACCUUCAGAGGGCACAACUCUAAGGGUGGAAGACCUUGUAAAACAGUAUUUUAAAACUGCUGAGAAGAAUGUGCAGCUGUCACUUCUAACAGAAAGGGGAAUGGGUGAAGCUGUACAAGAAUUCGUGGACAAGGAAGAGAAAGAUGCCAUAGAGGAAUUAGUGAAAUACCAGUUGGAAAAAACACAGCGAUUUCUUAAAGAACGCCAUAUUGAUGCGAUAGAAGACAAAAUAGAUGAAGAGGUGCGUUCUUUCAGAGAAAGGAGACAAAGGAAUACUAAUGAAGAAGAUGAUGAAGUUCGAGAGGCUAUGAGCAGGGCCAGAGCUCACCGAUCUCAGUUAGAGGACUCUGCUUCCGCCUUUAGUGCUGAUGACUUCAUGAGUGUGGAUUUGGCAGAAGACAUGGCUGCAGACUCAGAUGAUAGCAUCUCAGCAGCAACCAGCAAAGGAAGAGGCCGGGGACGAGGUCGGAGAGGAGCAAGAGGGCAGAGUUCCUCAUCGAGAGGAGGGUCUCAAAGAGGAAGAGGCACCAGCCUGGAGAUUUCUACUCGAGGCAGAAGUUCAAAGGCCACUACGUCAUCAUCGUCUAGAAAUAUGUCUAUUAUAGAUGGUGAAUAG